AUGGCAGCUGCUCGCACAGAUACGCCACCCCUGUCAGGUGGCGCCGCAGGCACUGUCGGCGACGCGGCUCGCUUUGGCGUGCUGACGGUCAGCGACCGCGCCAGCGCAGGGGUGUAUGACGACCUCAGCGGACCUGCCAUAUUGGGUUUCUUCUCAGAGGCGGUGGCGUCGCCGUGGGAGGCGGUGUACCGCGUGAUUCCUGAUGAGCAACCAGACAUAGAGGCGGCCAUCAAAGACAUGGUCGACAACCAGGGCUGCUGCCUCGUCGUGACCACCGGGGGCACCGGCCCAGCGCCCCGCGACGUCACCCCAGAGGCGACAGAGGCGGUGUGCGGGCGCAUGCUGCCCGGAUACGGGGAGCAGAUGCGCGCGAUCAGCCUGAAGUACGUCCCGACGGCGGUGCUGUCGCGGCAAACCGCAGGCAUCCGCGGCAAGGCCCUCGUCAUCAACCUGCCCGGCAAGCCUAAGUCCAUUCGUGAGACUUUCGACGAGGUAUUCAAAUCCAUACCCUACUGCAUCCAGCUGCUGGAGGGGCCCUACAUCGAGACCCACGCGGCAGUGGUGCCCGCAUUCCGGCCGCCGGCCGACCGGCGCACAGCUCCGCCGGCAAAGGAGGCUGCUUAG